UCCCGUAGGUACACACACUCAGAGAAUAUCAGCGCAGAGUUAAGGAUUCUAUUGCCUACUGUUGGAUUGUUGCCAUUGAUGCGCUAACCAAUCAACAUUACAAGUUAUACAAUAAAUUAUACUCUGAAAGAACUAAGUGAUUCUCGAGGAAGGGGUCAGUCUGUGUGAAUCUAGGAGCGGACCCGACGUUUUCCCAGAGAAGAUAACGAUGUCUGGCUCUUAUUGCAAAAGUUUAUACUCCUUCAGCGGGGACCAACAUCAGCAGGGUUUGACUUUCGAAGUGGGAGAAAUCAUAAGGAUAGUUCAUCCGUUGCCUGGCGGCUGGUGGGAAGGAGAGCUGGAUGGAGUCAGGGGAUGGUUCCCAUCAAGUUAUGUUCAAGUCUUAGAGAAAACUGCGUCUAUGACCUCACUGCCGGUUGAGGACGUAGGAGAGCCUCUCCCUCAACACUGGAAGUGCUACAUGUCACCACAGGGGCGGCGCUACUAUUUCAACACCUCCAGCAACGAGACAACAUGGGAGAGACCUUCCAGGGUACCUGGGAACCCCAACACCCCUCUGAAACACACCUCACUACCUACAGUGAACGGGUUUCGCUCCAGUGGUAGUCCGUUGCAUCAGAAUGAACAUUCCCAUAUCAGUCUGGUCAAAAAGCCUAGUUUAGAACCACAGAGUCCAUGUCCUAUAUCCAGGUGGCAACAAAGAGACUCCAUCACAAUUAACUGUGUAACGUUCCCCCUCCCUAUGAGUACACCUGAACAGCAGCUGUUAAAGCCAGAUGAGUGGAGCUACUGUGAUUACUUCUGGACGGAUAAGAAGGACCCUCAGGGGACAAGCUGUAUCUCAGGGUUUGAGGUCUUACUGCAGAAACAGCUGAAGGGGAAGCAAAUACAGAAAGAGAUGGCUGAGUUUAUACGAGAAAGGAUAAAGAUUGAAGAGGAAUAUGCCAAGAACCUUGCCAAGCUGUCACAGAUUCCCCUCGCGGGACAGGAAGAAGGUACUCUUGGGGAAGCCUGGGCUCAGCUAAAGAAGAGUCUGGCUGACGAGGCCGAGGUUCACCUCAAGUUCUCCUCUAAGCUCCAGAGCGAGGUGGAGAAGCCUCUGUUGACGUUCAGGGAUAACUUUAAGAAGGACAUGAAGAGGUUCAAUCAUCACAUCGCAGAACUACGGAAACAGCUGGUUGGACGACACUCAGCCGUGGAGAAGGCCCGUAAGGCUCUAGCGGACAGACAGAAGGACUUGGACGUGAAGACCCAGCAGCUGGAGAUCAAACUAAGCAACAAGAUGGAGGAAGACAUCAAGAAGGCUCAGCGGAAAUCCACACAAGCAGGAGACGACCUGAUGCGCUGUGUCGACCUUUACAACCAGGCGCAGUCCAAAUGGUUUGAGGAGAUGGUGACCACAAGCCUGGAGCUGGAGAGGCUGGAGGUAGAGAGGGUGGAGAUGAUACGACAGCAUCUGUGUCAAUACACCACCUUACGGCAUGAGACUGACAUGUUUAACCAGAGUACAAUGGAGCCAGUGGACCAGCUGCUACAGAGUGUGGACCCAGCUAGAGACAGAGAGCUCUGGGUCAAGGAGCAGAAGACAGGAGACAUCAGGCCUGUGGACAUUGAGAUAUAACACACCUUGUUCCCAGGGGUCACACACAUGUGGAUCCACAAGCCUGGAUCUUUACGGGGGCGUCAAUGUCACUUUGAGAUAUUAUAGACAUCCUGAGAGAUCUGGAUGACUCGCUCCACAGCUCCACAGACAAAAGUCUGCUCUUUAGAGAGCGAGCACCACCACCAGACAGUGUUCAUUAUGACCUAGAGGAUUCUAUAUGGUAGACAGACAGUGUUCAUUAUGACCUAGAGGAUUCUAUAUGGCAGACAGACAGUGUUCAUUAUGACCUAGAGGAUUCUAUAUGGUAGACAGACAGUGUUCAUUAUGACCUAGAGGAUUCUAUAUGGCAGACAGACAGUGUUCAUUAUGACCUAGAGGAUUCUAUAUGGUAGACAGACAGUGUUCAUUAUGACCUAGAGGAUUCUAUAUGGCAGACAGACAGUGUUCAUUAUGACCUAGAGGAUUCUAUAUGGUAGACAGACAGUGUUCAUUAUGACCUAGAGGAUUCUAUAUGGCAGACAGACAGUGUUCAUUAUGACCUAGAGGAUUCUAUAUGGUAGACAGACAGUGUUCAUUAUGACCUAGAGGAUUCUAUAUGGCAGACAGACAGUGUUCAUUAUGACCUAGAGGAUUCUAUAUGGCAGACAGACAGUGUUCAUUAUGACCUAGAGGAUUCUAUAUGGUAGACAGACAGUGUUCAUUAUGACCUAGAGGAUUCUAUAUGGUAGACAGACAGUGUUCAUUAUGACCUAGAGGAUUCUAUAUGGUAGACAGACAGUGUUCAUUAUGACCUAGAGGAUUCUAUAUGGCAGACAGACAGUGUUCAUUAUGACCUAGUGGAUUCUAUAUGGCAGACAGACAGUGUUCAUUAUGACCUAGAGGAUUCUAUAUGGUAGACAGAAGUUGUUCAUUAUGACCUAGAGGAUUCUAUAUGCAUGAGGGAGUGUGAGGAUAUGUAUGCCGACCGGCUUGCUUUUCUUUUAUCUAUUUAUUCAUCAUUAACUGUUCUAUAUGCUAAGUGUUAAUGGAAUGUCUAAUUCAACCGUUUUUAAGUACAAAGUGUUAAUGGAAUGUCUCAUUCAACCGUUCUUAAGUACAAAGUGUUAAUGGAAUGUCUAAUUCAACCGCUCUUAAGUACGUGUUAAUGAUAUAUCUUAUUCAAACUCAGCUUGCAAGCUAAUCAUGAUUUUUUUUCCCUUACUCAUAGUUACUUGUUUUAAAAAAGUGGUUUACUCCAAUAUCUACUUGUUUUUUAAAUGACAUGGAGACAAACAAAGUGGCACAUCUUGAGUUCAGAUGUAGUUUUUUUUUUCAAAAUCCACAAGUAAAACCGUACACAACUUCACUGAAAUGUUCAUAGAUAUAAAAAAAUAUAUUUUAAAAAAUUGGGCAGAUAAUUUAGCUGAUUUAAGAUAAAAACUUCAACGCUGUUAUUUUAUUUGGCACCUAGGCACUUACUAUAGUCAUUUAUUUAUUUAACUUAACAUAGCCUUGGAGUCCACCUUUUUGGUAUUUUGUACCAGUUUCCAUCUCUUUACAAAGGUAUGGUCUUCAAACUUUGGAAGAUGGCAAAGCAUUUAAUAAUAAGACGAACUGAUUGGACUUUUCUAGACAUCAGUGCUUUCAAGACAAUUGAGACCUCUGAGAAUAAAACUAGCAUCGACAGGGGGAAAAACGUUUUGAACAGUCAUCCAACUCUGAAUUACAAGUUGUAAACUUUCUAGAGCUCACAGUUGUCUUGAAAGCACCAUUAGUUAUUUGGUCGUCAAACUUGAACUCAAAAUAUGCCGUUUCAAAUAUGAGGCAUUUCCCGCAAACCGGAAUACCGUCAUCACUCUCCCUCUUCUGAUUGGUCGGGUAGAUGGGCCUUCUGAGCCGGAAUACGCGUCAUCACACUCCUUCAUCUGAUUGGUCGGGUAGAUGGGCCUUCUGAGCCAGAAUACGCGUCAUCACACUCCUUCAUCUGAUUGGUUGAGUGUCUGUGGUAACUAGUGAUGACCUUAUAAUCACAGAUAGAACAAUGAGACAGAUAUUUCACAGGAUGUAUAAAUGUGAAGCAUACGGUUGGCGUUUCCACUCACUACCAAAUAUGGUAGUGAGAGGAAGUCCACUGGGGGUGGGGGGCAGUGGGAGAAGAUGGAACAAGAUGGAUUUGGCCGACAUUCCUGCACAUUUUCUAAUUGUUUAAACAUUUGAUCUCAGUACAGUUUUCUGUUCCCAUAACUAGAAUAUAUUAUGAACAGAUAUUAUGCAGAUAUAUUCUAGAAUGUGCUAAUAGGAUAUUGCUAGGGCAUGCUUGGCUCUGCUCACCUCCUUCCUUGUUCUUCCCAUUGUGACUAAUUUGUUCCCAUUGGAAAUGACAAGCUGUGGUCUAUCUUGGUUUAGUCAUGAAAAUCUUUGUUAGAAUUGUCUGUAUAAACACACUCAGUAAAUUGUUGACCAACUGAAAUACUAACACAGAGUUAAUUAGGAAAUUUAACAGCUACUGCUGCUGCUAUGUAAUACAACGUACAUCAAAUGCAAUCAAAUGUAUAGAUUAUAUUUUAUCUACAUGUGAACUAUGAAGUGAGGUUUUUAAGGUGAAUGUUGAUGUAAGAAGUAUCAGCUGAUGUAAGAAGGGCUUUAUAAAUAAAUCUGAUUUGAUUCUGGGUUGUUUUUGACAGAUGUGAAGUUUUGAAGAAAGAUUGACACAAAUGUAACACAUCUGUUAUGAGUACAAAAGGGGGUGCAACUCAAUGUUAGCAAGAUGUUCCUAAUGUUUUGUACACUCAGUGUGUUUGUCUAUACUGUAUAUACACACACAGUGCACAGGAGUGCGGGUACAGUUGAAAUGAAUAAUGGACUUCUAGUAUAGCGUUGUCUUGUAUCUAUCCGGUAAGUAUUACACAUAUAGACCUACAGUUCUACUGUCCAAUCAGAUGCAUACAUGUUGUAUAGAGUGUUCCAUUACUUUCUGGUUCUAAAACCUUGAAAGUUCCAAGGAUUCUACAUGGACAUAACUCCUGAAUGUUUGUCGUUAAUGUU